GUCGCUUAUGAUCUCCGUCCUCAACUACUAUCCCUCCGAAGGCGAGGUCGGCGACCGCCUUUCUGUCCACAUUGACUUCCGCCAUCCUGUCACAGAAAUCGUAUAUCUACGUCUAAAAGUUGGCUUGACACCACUUAGCACUGAAGUCACCGAGAUUUCUGCAGGAAAAUAUGGCCUGUAUCGGCUUGAUGCUACAAUGCCACACAGAAUGUGUGAACUGAAGGUUGCUCUUAGCGUCGAGCUAGUUAACUCGCGCAACAACGUUCUCCACUCUGUCUUCUUUGGCGAGUUUACCUACAGGGAACCCGAUCAUCCCAUACAGAAUCCGCCAGUGGUAGCCUCUCAGCCGUCUGGGGUAGCUUCGCUGCCAGUAAUGGCUUCCCAGGGGCCAGUGUCCCGCCGACGGGUCAAUACUACCACCAGUAUACACAACACAUUCCCAGCUCCUUCUCCGACUCUUUGUGACCGCAGACCAGCAUCAUGCCGCAUUCGCCCGAAUUCCCUCAUCCGCGCUAACCGUGGCCCUCCAGACGACAUCAACCUCCAUCCCCAGACGCCUAUUCUCGAGAUCACAACCCCUCUUGAUACUAUGUGCACAAGUUGGGAUGCCUCCGAAGACCGGAUGGGUCGUCGACUCGUUCGUUUUCGCAACGUCCAAGACGGUUGCAAACUCAUUAUUUCUUGCGAAGCCGUCCGCCAGGAUGACUACUGUGACAAAGACACCGUCAUUUCCUGUAUUUUCAGGCAUGAAAACCGCCUACACUAUGUCACCAGCGUCGAUAUCAUCUAUCUGCUCGAGAGGAUCACCAACAACGACUUUCCUGUCGAGGAGAAAAACCGGAUAGGCCGCAAUUUGGAGGGGUUGAGGCCGACAACUAUCAGCAAAUAUAAAAGGGGAUUCGAGAACCUCUUCCAGCGCAUCAUGGAUUUCCCUGAUCCCAAGCCCCGCAAUAUUGAGAAAGACCUCAAAGUGUUUGAAUGGUCGCUUCUUGGACAGGCGCUUGAGAAAAUCCUGUCUAAAUAUGCUGUCUACACAUAGGAUUCACCCACCGAUUCAACAGCCCCCCCUCCCACAGACUCGCCACCAUCCGUCGACAGCCAACUUUACCACUGAUAACUUCCAGCACUUUCCUCAUACUAUCCGUUUCACUGCUUCGCAUGAUAGUUCAGGUUGCGUUACCGCGACGGAGCCAGUGUAUGACUACAAUAUAUACUGGCCACGUUGAACGACUUGUAUGGCAUAUCCGAUCGAGCCACCGUCGGACCUCUACUGACCGCCUCAGGCCUAACCGUUGCUCAUCUCUCAGUUCUUAUCGCUAUGCUUGUUGUCGUUGUAUUUAUAUUUGUACACUCCGAAGACUCCAUCUGUACAACACAAGACGGACAAAUUUCCUAUUUCUGCACACGUGUAGCACAUUACAUAUCCCAUCAUUAUCUCGUCGACAUCAAUUGGAUCCACAUUCUUUUUAGUGAAUGAGCUCGCCAUGUC